GCGUUUUGAUUGACAUCAAUUUGUCAAAACAAUUUGUUGAUAAGUUUGUUUUUUCAGUUUUUCACAAAUUAUAUUAUUAAAAUAUGCCUGAAAUGGAGAUAAAACGAAAAGCAGAUGAUUAUUCAAUGGUGCCUGCAAAAAAAAUCCGCCAUGAGAUUUCAGUUGUGGGAACAAGAGAAAAGGCUGUUGUAACCUCUAAUGUACCAAGAACCUCCAACCUGUACGCGCCUAUAAUGUUACUAGAAGGGCAUCAAGGUGAGAUUUUCUCGGCCAAGUUUCAUCCUGAAGGCAAACACUUGGCAUCUGCUGGGUUUGACAGACAAAUAUUUCUAUGGAAUGUCUAUGGUCAAUGUGAGAAUGUGAUGGUGAUGAAGGGCCAUACGGGAGCUAUAAUGGAGCUCUGCUUCUCUCCUGAUGGAUCCCAUCUGUACACCUGUGCCACAGACAAUACAGUGGCAGUAUGGGAUGUGCCCACCGGGACUAGAAUUAAAAAAUUAAAAGGACAUGCCAACUUUGUCAACAGUGUUUCAGGAGCAAGACGAGGUCCAGAAUUAUUGGUGUCAGCAUCUGACGACAAUACCAUUAAAUUAUGGGAUGCAAGGAAAAGAAAUCCCAUAGCCUCAUUUGACAAUGACUACCCGGUUACCUCAGUCCUGUUCAACGACACAGCGGAGAAGAUAAUAUCAGGAGGAUUAGAUAAUGUGGUCAAAGUAUGGGAUAUUAGAAGUAAUCAGAUAUCUUAUAAAAUUAAAGGACAUACUGACACUAUCACAGGUUUAUCACUAUCCUAUGAUGGUUCAUAUCUACUGUCGAACUCAAUGGACGGUACAAUACGUAUCUGGGAUGUGCGGCCAUUCGCGCCCGCGGAGCGCUGCGUCAAACUGAUGUCCGGACAUCAACAUAACUUUGAGAGGAAUCUCCUAAAGUGUGCCUGGUCUGCUGAUGGAUCUAAGGUAGCGGCAGGUUCAUCGGAUCGUUUCCUUUACAUUUGGGACACGACGUCACGUAGAGUGCUGUACAAGCUUCCCGGACACAAUGGCUCAGUUAAUGCCGUUGACUUCCACCAGACAGAGUCUAUCGUACUCUCAGCCUCAAGUGACAAGCAGAUAUACCUCGGAGAGAUUGACCAUUGACCUGAUUGGAAUAUAAAUAUCCUAGCAAUGAAUGGAAGUAAUUUCUUUAACCCUUAAAAGUCUUAUUUUUUAAAUCAAAUUUAAAAUAUGUAAGAGUACUCUUCUCUGUGUUCACUAAUGGGGAGAAAUAGUAAAAUAAAUAUUUUAUAUGUUGUCAUUCCAACUUGUUGCCUAGAAAUCCAUCCUUCAUAGGUAGCAACAUUUUCGUGAUAGGCUCCUAAAUGUUUUCUAACUUGAAGAUUAUCAGUCAACAGUAAUGUACACAGCCUAAAUAUUAAAAUAACAUCUAUUGUAGCCCAAUGCGAUUUAUAAACCCGGUAUCAAAUUUGAAUCUUCAGGUAUUUGAGGGUUAAGUAUAAUAUCUUGUUGUAAAAUAAUUUUAAGAUAAUUAAAGAGUUUUAAAUCA